CCAAGAUGGCGGCGGCGGCCCCGGGGCGUGUCCCGCGGCCCCGGCCCCGCCCGGCUCUUCCGGCCGCGCCGCGGCCGCGCCGAUGGCGGUGAAUUACGCGGCCGGGCUGUCCCCGUACUCGGACAAGGGCAAGUGCGGCCUCCCCGAGAUUUUCGACCCUCCGGAGGAGCUGGAGCGGAAGGUGCAGGAGCUGGCAGACCUGAUCCGGAGCUCCUCCAAUGUGGUGUUUCACACAGGAGCAGGGAUCAGCACGGCCUCAGGGAUCCCUGACUUCAGAGGUCCCAAUGGUGUCUGGACUAUGGAAGAGAAAGGGCUCUCCCCAAAAUUCGACACCACCUUUGAGAACGCCAGGCCCUCCAAGACUCACAUGGCGCUGCUGGGGCUGCAGAGAGUGGGAAUCCUGAAAUUCCUGGUCAGCCAGAACGUGGACGGCCUGCACGUGCGGUCAGGAUUCCCACGGGACAAGCUGGCCGAGCUCCACGGGAACAUGUUUGUGGAAGAGUGCGUGAAAUGCGGGAAGCAGUACGUGCGCGACGCCGUCGUGGGCAGCAUGGGGCUCAAGCCCACGGGCCGCCUCUGCAGCGUCACCAAGGCCCGGGGGCUGCGGGCCUGCAGAGGGAAGUUACGAGACACUAUUCUGGAUUGGGAAGAUUCCCUGCCUGACCGUGACCUGACACUGGCAGAUGAAGCCUGCAGGAAAGCCGAUCUCUCCGUCACCCUGGGGACCUCUCUGCAGAUCAAACCCAGCGGGAACCUCCCCUUGAUCACCAAGAAGAGAGGAGGGAAGUUGGUCAUUGUCAACCUCCAAGCAACCAAACACGACCGCCAGGCCGACCUGCGCAUCCACGGCUACGUGGACGAGGUGAUGACCAAGCUGAUGAAGCACCUGGGGCUGGAGGUGCCCGAGUGGACGGGGCCGGUGGUGGUGGAGAGCGCCGAGCUGGCCAAGGCCGAGCAGCUGCAGGGGCGGCUGAAGGAGGAGCCGCUGUCCCAGCACAACGGCACCGGAGCGCCGUGUCCCGGGAACGGGCUCAAGCUGGAGUGUCCCAGCCCGGACACGGGGCCGACACCGGUGAAGAAGAUGAAGGUGGAGCCUCUCCUCACCUGACCUGGACUGUCCCUGUCUCACCUGGGCUGCUUUUCCUACCAACUUUUUUUUAUACCCUUAAAUAUUGUCCCUUUUUUUAUGUCAGUAUUAAACACACUUGAAUUGUG